AUGGGGUAUCCUAAAUUCAUUCUAUUUGGUGACUCAAUUACCCAGCAUGCCAACGAAAUUCAAGGAAAUUUUGCAUUGCAACCAGCGUUACAAGAUUGGUACAUUCGAAAACUAGAUAUUCUCAAUAGAGGAUACAGCGGCUACAAUUCAGAACAUGCACGAGUUAUUCUUCCUCAUAUUCUCGAUGCAGAGUUGAAUGCUGAAAAGAAUAACGUCAAGUUAAUUACAAUAUUUUUCGGCACAAAUGAUGGUUUUGUUGAUAAUAAUCCAAUACAACCAAUAAGUUUAGAACGGUACCGAGAAAAUAUUGAUUAUUUGGUGUCAUUGGCCAUUGAAAAUAAUAUCAAGCCCAUUGUUAUUGGCCCUUCUUUACAUGACCCGAAAAUUUGCAAAAAAGUACUACCACAUCUUAAGCCAGGCGGAGAAGAUGCAACUUCCAAUAAACGGUAUUACCAAUACUCGGAAGCUGCUCGAGAGGUUUGUAAAAAUCGAAAAGUGGCUUUUGUUGAUUUAUGGGACGAGUUUAGAAAAGACGGCGGGUGGACAAGAGAUCAAUUGUUCCAGGUGAAUGGCAGUUUGGAAAAUUGGGAAGUAGGAUCUUUGGGGCAUUUGCUUAGUGAUGGAGUACAUUUUACUGGCCAUGCAUACAAGAUUAUGUAUGAUGCAAUUAAAAAGGCUAUAGGGAAGCACUACCCCGAGUUUCUCCCGGAUAAUCUAGCAACAAACUUGGCUGUUUGGAGUGAUAUCAAUCCUACAGAUUUGAAAAAUUCAAUCUUUAAAUAA